AUGUCGCGAGCGCAAGAAAUAGCAUCGGCCAUUCUUUCUACUACUGAGAAAUCGAUCGUCCCGCUCACCACUGAACAAGUGUCACAAGGCUCGAAACUCUUUGGGGCAGCCAUUCUCGACAGGGCAUCAUUAUCCACCGUUAUUGCAGAGACCAACAACGAGAGGGAGUCACCUUUGCUACAUGGCGAAAUAAAUUGCAUUCAACAAUUCUUCAAACUUCCCAGAGAUGGACGGCCCGAAACCAAAGAUUGCAUCUUUUUUGCUACACAUGAGCCUUGUUCGUUAUGCCUGAGUGGAAUAACUUGGUCGGGAUUCAACGAGUUCUACUAUAUGUUCACCUACGAAGAUAGCAGAGAUCUUUUUGCCAUUCCCUACGAUAUCGACAUUCUCCAAUCCGUAUACCAAGUGCCCUCCUCUGGAGACACGGAGGAGACGCUGGCGGCGAAACCAUUGUACAAUCGCAAGAACAAAUUCUUCACGGCGAGAUCACUGGCAGACUUAAUCGAUUCGGUUGAGGAUACAGAGGCCAAGACAACGUUGAAAAGUGAACUCCAGAGGGUGAAACACAUGUAUGAUCAGCUAAGCGCAACGUAUCAAGAAGGGAAGAAGAGUGGCACCGAGACAAGUAGCUUCUUCCAAUAG